UUCGUUUAUGGCAUCUUGCAUUUGACCUAUCCAUACGACAGCGUUAGCGUUAAGUCCUUCCCUACUACGGUCCAACAGCAUUGAUACCAACAGCCUAGGGCUAAUUGCCUGAAUGUACCUCAUGUUACGUGUCUUAUAAUCAGACACGAUCCCCACCUAUGCGCACACGCACACGCAAGUGCAAACACAUCAGCACAAAUAAACCACCAGCCAGCAUGUAAUGCAAUCACGCACAUCACACAAAUGAAUCCAUCCAUCCAUCCAUUCAUCAUGUCGCGUCUCGCGUCUUCUCACUUUCCCUCUCUUGCUCCCGUUCCUGUUCUCGCCGCCAGAUGUCUCGCAUCUCGCGCACGUCCUUUGCCUCCCACUCCCCGCCGGCCUUCAGUCGCUGCCGCUUCUCCUCUAUCCUCUCCGCCAGCAUCGCCACCUUUGCAGCCUUGGCCUCAUCCCACCCCACCACAUCCACCAACCCCGUCUUAGUCAACCGCGUACGCAGACCCAACUCGCGCAUCAGCGACCGGACCUCCUUCUUCAUGGCAAGUGAAGACCCGGUGGGCUUGUCGACCUGCCUGUUGUCGCCUUGCUGGUCGUGGUCGCCACUGUCCGCGAUCGCGACCAGGCCCUCUGCGUGUGCCGGGUCCAGUGGGUCGCGGUUGUUGACGGCGUGUCGGCCGAAGUAGCGCUCCAUCUCCGCCACGCCAGGCAGGUCGCCAGACACGUUGCGCGGCGGGGAAGAGGCCUCGUCGUCCUCUCUGGUCUGCAAGCUGGUCGGGGGGUAGAAAUCGACUCGAAUGUUGGUAGGGUUCAACAACUGCGAACAGACAGACACAGUGAGUGAGGUGUGUGUGUCUCGUGUUGUGCCUACCGUGCAGAUGAGCUGGAGUGGCUCUAGCAGCACCUUCUCGACUUGGCCGUUGAAUGAAGGUGCGUACGGGAGACACUCGCGGUCGAAUGGCGGAGAGCUCUUCUGGAAAAGAUAGAAUCGGGAGACAUCCUCUGCACGAUAACAACACACGGCAUACCGGUGAUACAUGAGAGGGAGGGGAUCGCAAAACAGUCGUCUGAUCGGCGGCCGUCACUGACUGACUGACUGACCGUCUUCUGUGCAUUUCUUCCGUUCGUCUUCCUUUGGUUCGUCAUUGGUGGUGCAGCCCAGCUUGCCAACGGCCACUGCAUACGUGGGGGCAUCGCCCAGCCUCACGCCCGCGUCGUACAGGCACCCCUUGCCAUCAUUCAGCAAAACGACAUUGGCCUUGCCUGCGCCGAACACACACACAAAAACGUAUAUCCACAUACCCAUGCAGAGGGGCACGUGUUACAAUACAAAGACACCUUCUGGAAAGGGAAAGAGGAUGGGGAUCGGCAUUCCUGAGCCGAAAGGCACCGCAUUGCCGCCCGACCCAGUGACAAUGUCCAUGUGGCCGUCAUUGUUGACGUCCGCUGCGAUGGCCGCUCUGCACACACACGCACCCGCACACACACCUGCAAUUGUACGUCAUCGCUGCGCUUGUGUUGACAGACCUGUUUGGCCAGUCAAAUAUUUCUUGGACCCGUUUGAAAUUGCCAGUUCCGUCGCCAAAGUACAAGGCGUCCUUCUGCCGCGGGAUGCACAGGCCAUCGAGGGGGGAGUCGCGCGUGUCGUAGAAAUCCAUGUGGCCGUCACCGUUGAAAUCAGCCAACACGGGUUCUCUGAAAAAGUCAUGCCCAGUAGUGCACUCGUUUGUUUGCAUGCUUUCGUGACUGUGUGUGUGCAUGUGCAUGUACACACCUUCCCUCCGUGAGAAGAUAUAUGAAUCUGACGAAAGUGUCUCGGUAAGAGCCGUCCCCCAGCCCCACCCAUACUUCUCUGAAGUAGUUGCCGAGAAUGAGAUCAAUGACGCCGUCGCCGGUGAAGUCACCCAUGCUCAUCUCCUGCACCGGGAUGAGCUGCGGAAACAGGCCCGUCGACUCUGCCAACCGACAAAGCAAAAGUACAUAGGUGUCUGUCGCUCUUUCUCUGUUCUGUCAGCACCUGGGUCGCCAGGGAGGCCAGCAGGGUUCUUGAAAGGGUUUGCGGCCUUGAACUGUGGCCCGUCUUUGAAUUUGCCAUCUCCAUCGUUGAAGAGCACCCGGCUGCCUUUGUUGAAUGACGGGGCGCCGUAGAAGACGUCUAUGUCACCGUCAUUGUCCACAUCGCCCGGCCAGCACUCCCUGGAAACCAUCACCUCGACAGAGUGGGACGGCUUGUGUGUCGGUUGGUGGUUGUGCUCACCGAGCAGUGCUCUCGUCGGAUUCCAGCCUUUGAUCGCUGAUGAUUAGCUUGCCCGUGCCAUCGUUGAAGUAGAAGUGGUUCAGCACAGCGUCUGGACCGUCGCCUAUACCUAUCUCCUGCGCGCCGCGAGUGAUAUACCUGCAAACAAACAAAGGGGAGUGUAUGAGUUGUCUGUCGAUACGCACAUCGUCUGUUUGUUCUUUCCUACAAGUCAAUGUAUCCGUCACCAUCGAAGUCGCCCAGACCAGAGUCCCUGCACCAAUCACAUGUAUGCUCAUCGGUCGGCGGAGCUACACUUCCUUAUCCUAUCACACGCACCUGCAUCCACCGCUGUCCGGGAGGUCCUGGAACUUCUCGAAGAGGCCUUCAGGAGUCUGCAAGUAGGUCUCGGUGAGGUCGCCGGGCGGCUUGAAAAACAGCUGCGGGACGCCCGUGCCAUAGUUGCAGAACACGAUGUCGUCGAGGCCGUCAUUGUUGAGGUCGGCCACAGACGCGUGCCGCGCAUCACGCUCACUCACCUCCUGCACACACCACACUCACACACGCAUCCGGCAGCUUUAGACAAGCAAAAGGGAGCAAGCCUCGUGCAAUUGGCAUGAGGGUACGCACCUGUAUGAGCACGGCGGUGCCAGAGCCAUCGAAGCGAUAGAUGCCGUUCAGCGACUCCUGGUUGGCCUCCACCACGAAGCACGGGUGGUCCUUGGUACAUGUGGCAGCAGGGGGGAACUGCGAAGACAGAGAGCGGGUGUCUAACAGCCCCGGUGGCUCCACUGCACAUGACCACCCAACCACAUAAAGCACACACGGUCUCUCUUCAGGGAGCGUCGGAUUUCCGAUUAUUAUCGUGGUUUUACCUCCUUGUGCUGUCCAGAGGCAGCCACACAGCGCAAAGGCUGCGAACAGAACGAAUUGCGGGGCUCGCCUCAUUCCCCCACCUCUUUUGUACGCACCUGUAAAUUCAGUGAUUGCAAGGCGAAUUGCUCUUCUUGGCACACAGUUGUUGCAGGACCGACUUGCAGAUAGCGCUGCUCCUGCCUCGCGUGGCGGCUGCGGUGAAGGAGCUAGG